AUGCCAGCGUGGUCGGCGCCGGGGACUGGGGCAGCCUUGAGCCCGGGAGUCGAGCUGGGGGAGGAUCCCCAGGCGGCGGCGGUACCACCGGGCCCCGAGGGCGACCUAUCCAGCGGCGACCCGGUGACCGUGGGCUCGGCUGCCGUGGGUGUCGGGUCCCGGCGGCUGCCGAUGCGUGCAGCAGGCGCCUCCACCGGUAAUGGGGCUGUGAUACAAAUGGGGGAUCGCAUCGAUCGCGUGCCAUUGACCGCCGCCCCAUGGAGCAGCCUCCGGGGGCUACGCUCCAGGACACAAGAGCCCUCGUUUUCGUCGCAUCUGGUGCCCUUUGCCUCGGGCACCUGCGCCACUGCUCCUCCGGAGAGCUGA